CUCUAACUGCUCCAGGAGUCCAUGGAGCUCCUCAGCGCUCCGUCCAGGUCUCCAGCUCCAACCGCUCUUGAGGAUUUACUCAGGGAAGACGCAUGCGCAAGCGCAGAGGCCUGGUUGACGGUUGGGGCCAACAGGGCGGUUGCAGAGUUCCUUACUCAAACCAGAGAUGAUGGGUAUUCUGACCCACCACUUCCGCAGUAUGUUCCUGCCCUUUCCCCUUGUGCCUGCCCUUGAGAAGCCCGAGGAACACUUCUCAUGUCUGAAAAGCGUCGUCCAGCGCCUCAGAGAAGUAGCUCCUGUCACUGAAAAGUCAGUGGCCCGCUGUGCGACACCUUCCUUGUUUUCACGUAUGAAACUUGUUAAGGCAGGAUGCUAUGAGUUUUAGUAGUUUUCAUGUGUUCUCUGCCAUGAAGUACAGCUCGGCCAAAGCCUGACAAGUAUUCCCUUUUGUAGGAAUCUUACCCAUCACAGGGAAGUAACUAUGGACAACAACCUCUGCCAUGUACCAGGAAUCAAAUUUAGGACCUUGCACUUACCAGGCAGGUGCUGCGCCACUGAGCUACAUCCCGGCCCACCAUCCACCUUUUUGAAGCCUCUGAGAAAAAGCCAUGGGUGUCACCAACAAACCUGUGCAUAUAAAUACCUGUGGAUGGAAAGCCAUCAUCGUAUUGUGCAGUCCAUACAAAGAGAGUUACCAUGAAGAUCUUCAUCUUUCUGGCUUUCCUGGGAGCUGCUGGAAAAGAAUGAAGCCAGGAGAACCUCAAAAUCCAGCCUGCUAAGGACCGACACCAACAGAUGAGCAAGGAGCUGGCAGCAAUGGGCCCUGGAGCUUCAGUGGAUGAGAUGAAGACAGAGGCAGCUCUGCACUCAGCCCUGGGCUCUGAAGUCAGCCUGCACACCUACGACAUCUUGGUGGUGGUUGUCUACUUUGUCUUCGUCAUUGCUGUGGGGAUCUGGUCAUCAAUCCGUGCAAGCCGAGGCACCAUUGGUGGCUAUUUCCUGGCAGGGAGGUCCAUGAGCUGGUGGCCGAUUGGCGCAUCUCUGAUGUCCAGCAAUGUGGGCAGUGGCUUGUUCAUUGGCCUGGCUGGCACAGGGGCUGCUGGGGGCCUUGCCGUGGGUGGCUUCGAGUGGAAUAUGAGGAAAACAAGACCUGGAGGAGGAGGCUUCCCCUUCAACUCUGUCCGUGAUCUUGGUAACUUCUUCUCCUUAUAUUCCCAGGCAGUCUUCCUGCUUCUGGCCCUUGGCUGGGUCUUUGUCCCUGUGUACAUCGCAGCUGGUGUGGUCACUAUGCCACAGUACCUGAAGAAGCGGCUUGGGGGGCAGAGGAACCAGGUGUACAUGUCUGUCCCGUCUCUCAUCCUCUACAUCUUCACCAAGAUAUCGACUGACAUCUUCUCUGGAGCCCUCUUCAUCCAGAUGGCUUUGGGCUGGAACCUCUACCUCUCCACAGUGAUCCUCCUGGUGGUGACAGCCGUCUACACCAUCACAGGUGGUCUCAUGGCUGUGAUCUACACAGAUGCUCUGCAGACAGUGAUCAUGGUAGGGGGAGCCCUGGUCCUCAUGUUUCUAGGUUUUCAGGAGGUGGGCUGGUACCCAGGCCUGCAGCAGCUGUACAGCCAGGCCCUCCCUAAUGCCACAGUCCCCAACACCACUUGUCACCUCCCACGAGCAGAUGCCUUCCACAUGCUUCGGGACCCUGUGAGCAGGGACAUCCCACGGCCAGGGCUCAUUUUCGGACUCACAGUACUGGCCACCUGGUGUUGGUGCACAGACCAGGUCAUCGUGCAGAGGUCUCUGUCAGCCAAGAGUCUGUGCCAUGCUAAGGGAGGCUCAGUGCUGGGGGGCUACCUGAAGAUCCUCCCCAUGUUCUUCAUCGUCAUGCCCGGCAUGAUCAGCAGGGCCCUGUACCCAGAUGAGGUGGGCUGCGUGGGCUGCGUGGACCCCGAGGUCUGCCAAAGAGUCGGUGGGGCCCGAGUGGGAUGUUCCAACAUUGCCUACCCCAAGCUGGUCAUGGCUCUCAUGCCCGUCAGUCUGCGGGGCCUGAUGAUUGCUGUGAUCAUGGCGGCCCUCAUGAGCUCACUCACCUCCAUCUUCAACAGCAGCAGCACCCUGUUUGCUAUUGAUGUGUGGCAGCGCUUCCGCAGGAGGGCCACAGAGCAGGAGCUGAUGGUGGUGGGCAGAGUGUUUGUGGUGUUUCUGGUUGUCAUCAGCAUCCUCUGGAUCCCCAUCACCCAGAGCUCCAACAGUGGGCAGCUCUUCGACUACAUCCAGUCUGUCACCAGCUACCUGGCCCCACCCAUCACUGCCCUCUUCCUGCUGGCCACCUUCUGCAAGAGGAUCACAGAGCCUGGAGCCUUCUGGGGCCUCCUGUUGGGCCUGGGCGUAGGCCUUCUGCAUAUGAUCCUGGAGUUCUCAUACCCGGGCCCAGCCUGUGGUGAGGUGGACCGGAGGCCAGCCGUGCUGAAGGACUUCCACUACCUGUACUUUGCCCUCCUCCUCUUUGGGCUCACUGCUAUCAUCAUUGUCGCCAUCAGCCUCUGUACUACACCCAUCCCUGAGGAAGAGCUCACUUGCCUGACCUGGUGGACACGGAACUGUCUCACCUCUGAGCUGGAGAAGGAGGCCUGGGAGAGCCAGAGGGAGAGGGAGAGUGUGCCAGAGAGGUCAGAGAGGCCAGCCUGGGAGUGCUCCUCAGGAGGAGUUACCGCAGGGAAUGGCAGCCAGGGCCCGGAUCAGCCUGGAGCCCCAGCUCUGUGCAGGUCCUGGGGAAGGCUGCUCUGGGGACGGCUCUGUGGGCUGUCUGGAGCCCCAGGACAGGUCCUGAGCCCAAUAGAGAAGGCUGCUCUGGAGCAGAAGCUGACCAGCAUGGAGGAAGAACCACUCUGGAGAAGCAUCUGCAACAUCAACGCCAUCCUCUUGCUGGCUAUCAGCAUUUUUCUGUGGGGCUAUUUUGCAUGACUCCACAGACUUGGUUUCUGCCGAGACAAAUUCAACGUAGCCCAAGCCUGGCCAGGUGCAGAGACAGGCUCUCUUCCUACCCUGCUCCAAACUGGAAAGCACAGAGGCUGAGCAUGGACGAGGUCCUAAGGGGCAUCGAAUGCAACACACUUGGUGAGUGGAGAAUACAAGGCCUGGAGAGAGUGCUGGGCUUGCCCCGGGCCACAGAGCAGCACUCAUUCCGGAUCUCCCAACUGCAGCUCCUGUUCCCUGGCACUGCCUUCCAUUCCUACUUCCGAGACAGUUUCUACCUCUUCCUGAGUUUAUUUAGCAAUCUUUACUGUACAUGUGUCUUGAGGUUAGAAAAAUGAAGGAGACAAGGAAAGGAAGAGAAAAAAUUUGCAAAACUCCAAGUGCACCUUUGCUCCUUCAUAUCCUCCUUUGUCUUUCUCUGUUCUUCAACCCCCAGCAUUCUAUCUGUAGGGUGAAUCUGCCAAGGAGGGGCUUACAUUUCCAUUGGCAGUUCUACAGCUGUGGCUGUCAGAACAAAAAGAGGGAGGGGCCAAGAGUGGAACUCGAGUAUGAUGGCAGAUGGUAUUCAGGGCAGAGCGCUCUUGGACAAGGAACUCUCCUGGGCACUAUUCAUAUUCUGCUUCUUCCUACCCUCAAAACCAAACCUGCACCAAGUCUCCAAGGCCUUGAGGACCUUAAGAGUCCAGUUGGAGAGCCAUGACUUGCUGCAAGCAAAAGAAAUCAAGGCCUUAAAGGUCAGCCUGGCAGGGGCAGCAAGGACAGCUUGGGAGCCACAGCACAGGGCCCUUUGUCACUCCCUUUGUCUUCCAAGCAUUUGCCACCCUGGAAUACACCAUAACUCAUUUAAGUAUCCCCUGCCAGGAAGCUGCCCAAUGUCCCGAACUGGGUCAGGGUCCCACUCUUGCUCCCACUGCCCCAUGGACCUGCUUCUGUCAAGGCACUGCUCACAGCAUCCAGUGACGUUGUCUCCCCUUAGAUGGUGUACCCCAAGGGACGGGCACCAACUACUCUGUCCAACUUGACUUUUUCCCCAAAAUGAUA